AUGGUCAGGCGGACGCCAGGGUUGAUGAAGCGUGUGGUGAUCGCAGUGAACCACCUCAAAAGCCGCGAAGGAGUCAGCAGAUCCGCCAUCGAUCUAUUCAUGAAUCAAAGGUAUAGGGUGAAUGAAUUGGAUAGUAACGAGGGUGUGGAAAUGGCGUUAACCGAGGGUUUCAUAGAGAUCAAGAAUGACCGCUUCUUCCUGAAGUCCUCUGGUUUGCCGGCGGGUCCAGUAGCAGUACCCCCAGCAGUGAGCGUCCGCAGGAAGAGAAAGAGAUCUCCCGGUAAAAGGGGUAAAUCCCGAGGGAAGCGCCACGGAUUGAGGGGGAGGAAGGGGGCACAGAAGAACAACAGGAGUUGUACGUCCGAGGAAACCCAAAAGGCCGUACAGGAGGAUGGGCGCAGGGCCCCAAGAGGAAGGAGAAGAGGAAGGGGAAGGAAAAGGAGGGCGAGUAGGAGGAGACAUGGGCGCCGAAGAGAGAUGGGGACGAUAACAAGCGGCGUCGAAGAGGAUGAUGGUACCUCAAUCAGAUAG